UUCUUCCAGGAGUCAAUCAGACCGUUACCACUACACCUAAAAAACCCCCAUUUUCUCCCUCUCUCUCUCUUCACAGGACAGCCAUGACCGUCGCGAGUGUGGCCACUUCUCACACGAAGAAGCUCAUGAAGCUCACUCUUUCCAUUUUUAGCCCACGCCUUAGCUCCUCAAGAUGCAAAACGGCGGCGAAGAUGGCAGUGGCGAGGAUAAAGUUGCUGAGGAACAAAAGAGAGGUGGUGGUGAGGCAAAUGAGGAGGGACAUUGCAAUGCUUCUCCAGUCUGGUCAAGACGCCACUGCUCGUAUUCGGGUUGAGCAUGUGAUAAGGGAACAGAAUGUUUUGGCUGCAAAUGAGUUUAUUGAGCUCUUCUGUGAGUUAGUUGUGGCCAGACUUUCAAUAAUUGCAAAGCAAAGGGAAUGCCCCACAGACCUGAAAGAGGGGAUUGCUAGUUUAAUAUUUGCAUCCCCGAGAUGCUCUGAAAUUCCAGAAUUAGGGGCAAUGAGGAAGAUAUUUGAGAAGAAGUAUGGGAAAGAUUUUGUAUCUGCAGCUGUUGAUCUGCGACCCAAUUGUGGUGUAAAUCGAAUGUUAAUUGACAAGCUUUCUGUUAGAACUCCUACGGGCGAAGUGAAGUUGAAAGUUAUGAAAGAAAUUGCAAAAGAAUACCAGGUUGAGUGGGAUACAGCAGAAUCUGAACAGGAGCUUCUGAAGGCUCCUGAGGAGCUUAUUGAGGGACCAAACACUUUUGUUAGUGCUACAAGCUUACCUAUGAAGCCAUCUCCAGUUAAAACUGCUGAGGCAAAUAAUCCAACUGUCAGAUCAACUACAGAUAGAGGAAUGGGCAGUAUGCAAUUUGAAGACACUGCAUCUGCUGCUGAGGCAGCAGCAGAAUCUGCUAAGCAAGCAAUUGCAGCUGCACAGGCUGCUGCUUAUCUAGCCAACAAGAGCUUCAAUCAGACCUCCCAACAACCUGGUUUUAAUGCUUCAGGCAUCAAUCCUGGAUAUGGUGUGCUCCCUAGAAAUUCCAUGGGCGUUGCUAAUGAUCCCCAGUUCAACUACCAGAACUUGGAUCAUGGAUCUAAGGGUCCCGGGCAGUUAUAUGAGCCCCAUAGUUUUGAUAGGUCUCAAUAUCCAAGCAAUGAGGAGACAAGAUCAGUGCGGAUGAAUGGUGAUGAACACAUUUGUAGGAGACAUAGCUACAAUGAGACGAGACCAAUCCGGAUGGGCGGUCAAGAUGUCCAUAGGAGACACAGCUACAAUGCCUCUUCUCCAAAUUCAGAAAUAAAGUUUGAUGAAUCAGACUGUGAUGAAGAGAUUGAAAUGGAAGAUUCUCCAGCUGCCAUUUAUCCACCACCACAGCGGCAUCCCCCGCCAGUACCUUCCUCUCAUGUAGACCCAGCUCCUCGAGUUCAUCCUAAAUUACCAGAUUAUGAUACACUGGCUGCUCGCUUUGAAGCUCUGAAGUAUAACAAAUCACAAACCUAGAGUUCAAAGUGCGCAUGGCGCGUCAUUUCACAUCCCCAAUCACAAACGAUGAGCUCAAAAUGCUUGGUGCACCAUUUUUGUUAGAUGUUACAACCAGCCUUUUUCCAGUGGUAUGGAUGAACCCUCUAUGGUAUACGUAACCAACAAUGCAUACUCUUUAUCAUAAUCUUCAUAAACAUUUAUCACUAUCAUUAAUAUUUUAUAUUUUCAACUAUGUCUUCAUAC